AUGGAUAAGGAAAACCAGUCCUUGACAACUGAGUUUAUCCUUGUAGGAUUUACAGAUCACCCAGUGCUGAAAACCCUUCUGUUUCUGGUAUUCCUUACCAUCUAUCUGAUCACCAUGGUGGGAAACCUUGGUCUGGUGGCACUGAUAUUUACAGAGCAUCAUCUUCACACACCAAUGUACAUCUUUCUGGGUAACCUCGCUCUCAUGGGUUCUUGUUGUUCCAGUGCCAUCACCCCCAAGAUGAUAGAGAAUUUCUUUUCUAAAGACAGAAAAAUUUCCCUGUACGAAUGCAUGGCACAAUUUUAUUUUCUCUGCCUAGCUGAAACUGCAGACUGCUUUUUCCUAGCAGCAAUGGCCUAUGAUCGCUAUAUAGCCAUCUGCAACCCACUGCAGUACCACACCAUGAUGUCAAAGAAACUGUGUGUUCAGAUGACCACAGGGAUCUACAUAGCUAGUAACCUGCAUUCUAUGAUUCAUGUAGGACUUCUGUUAAGGCUAACUUUCUGCAGAUCUAGUCAAAUUGAUCACUUUUUUUGUGAUGUUCUUCCACUCUAUAGACUGUCCUGUACCAACCCUUAUAUUAAUGAACUAAUGAUAUAUAUUUUUUCAAUGCCAAUUCAAAUCUUCACCAUUGCCACUGUCUUGAUCUCUUAUGUUUGUAUUCUUUUCACUGUUUUCAAAAUGAAAUCCAAAGAAGGGAGAGGUAAAGCAUUUUCUACUUGUGCAUCUCAUUUUCUAUCUGUCUCGAUAUUCUACAUUUGUCUUCUCAUGUAUAUUCGACCAUUUGAAGAAGGGGAUAAAGAUAUACCGGUGGCAAUUUUUUACACAAUAGUAAUUCCUUUACUAAACCCUUUUAUUUAUAGCUUGAGAAACAAGGAGGUGAUAAAUGUUCUGAAAAAAAUUAUGAGGAAUUAUAAUAUUCUUAAAUUUCAUCUUCUAUGGAAAACUAACUUUAAUUGA